GUUCAUGUUGUCAUCAAAGCAUUUUUAAAUUUCAGCCGACAAGUGAUUUUUGUGAAUGAUACAAUUUUUGGUGCCGUGGAUGCUCUAGGAAGGCAUAAUGGGACCAGAAAAACUAUUUACAGGUAUAAUUGUAUCCAAUAAGCUAUUUGUGUUUAUUUCAUUACAACUGUUAAUUGUCUCCAUCUUUGGAAAACAUAUGCCAACAAGUAUACAAGACUGUUCCGAUUUUUAUGGAUUGGGUGGUAAGGAUAGUAGUAUUGCGUUAAAAGAUUUGCAAAAUGAUUGUGAAGAACGACUGCUCAAAAUGAAACCAACUCAUCAUAUGACCAGUAACUUUACUACAGAAGAAAAACUUUAUAUAUCUUCUCUAUUUCGGCAGUUAACAGCAGAAACUUGGGCUUACACCGAAAAUAAGCAACAUUCAAACAGGUACAAAAGACAUGGCAAAUAUCUAGUUCGAUACAGAAGAGAAGUCCGAAGUGCCCCACAUCGUCAUUGGGAGAGAUACGUCGCUGGAGUCAGGAGACUUAAGUUCGACAUGAGUGGCGGUGCGGGAAGAAGCCGUUACGAUACAAUAGCAGAUAUACACGGACUUGCAAUGAUACAGGCUCACAGUGGACCAAACUUUUUGCCAUGGCAUAGACUUUAUCUGCUAAUAUACGAAACUGCAUUAGGUGUACCGAUUCCAUAUUGGGACUCGUCAAUUGACCAAGAAAUGGAGGACCCGACUAAAUCUAUUUUAUGGACAUCAAAAUAUUUUGGAAAUGGAUUUGGUGUAAUUGAAACAGGCCCGUUUGCAGGAUUUCAAACUCCAGGUGGCGCUCUCAUCCGAAAUAUUGGUUCUGACGGAAUGUUGUAUGAUAAAAGGCUUAUCCCAAGAAUUUGGUCAAAAACAAGGUUGAGAGAAAUAUCAGACCCUACAUCUGCCCCAGAUGACGGUUUAGAAGAGCAACAUAAUGGCAUACAUAUAUGGGUCGAUGGUACCAUGGACAGCCUCGCUCUGGCCCCUCAUGAUCCGAUAUUCUGGCUUCAUCACUGUUUUGUUGAUUAUAUUUGGGAAGUUUUUCGAAGGCUUCAGAUGUCACGUGGCAUUAAUCCAGCUUUUGAUUUCGUUCCGACAAACAGGACAGGACACAGUCCAGAUGAAGAAGCAUUUGGAAUAGAAGGAUACACCAACAGAGAUGGAUAUUUAAAUAGUAUUGCACGUCUUGUUCAGUACGAUCCAAUACCACGAUGUCCAUAUUGUGGAUUAAGUACAGAUAUGUAUUGUGAUGGGAACAUUGGAUAUUGUGUAUCACGGGAACAACCUCCAGGAACCUACCAAGGGAAUCCGACGUUAGCAGGAAAAGUUGCCAGGGAAAAUGGUCUCGCUGAGGGCAAAUUCGGUCCAGUAUUUAAACGUUUUAGGUCGGACAAACGAAUUCGUCAUGAUUCUGUCACUCAGCCAAAGAAGAAAAAAAUAAUAGUCUGGGUUAAGAAAAUUAAACAUAAACGUUAUACAUAUCAGAUAGUGGAGCCAUAGACCAAAUUUUUUGAAAAGAAAACAAUAAGUCAAAUUAGUUGGAGUUAUUAAAAAGGUGUAUUCUAAAUUGAAUAGAUGAAUGCAUAAUGCAUAAAACUUUUGUAUUUUAAGAAA